GAGUUCCGGAGCAGUCUAGCAGAUGUCCUCGCCGAUCAGCGAGACGUCGCCCGGCCUUUUUGCAGCGUCUGACUCCAGGCUGGAGCGGAGCCGGUGCGGGACGGGGUGAGUGGAGCCGGGACACAGGGGAUCUGCUCUUGAUGGUAUUAAAUGAGAUUAGGUGUUGACAUCUGAAGAUCAGUGGUCUACAAAAACGCAUCGCAGCUGUGGGAGCAGAAUUAAAGAGAUGGAAUUGAACUGGGCUGCCACCACUCUGCUCCUCGCCGGGAUGAUCUGUGACGCAGCACGAGGGCAUUGGCAGUGGACGCCCUGGUUUAAUAUCGACCACCCUGGGGGGAGUGGUGACCACGAGCGACUUGACGCCAUCCAGCGAUACUACCCGGCCCAACUCUGCCAAACGCCACUGGGAGUUGAAGCUCGCACCGUGCAUGGUGUCCCCGCCGCGCUGACGGGAGAGGCGGUGCACCUCAAUCACCAGCAUGGGUUCUGGUGCGUGAAUGAAGAGCAGCCCUCGGGGAAACACUGCUCCAACUACGCGGUGAGGUUCCGAUGUCCCACAGGAUCUGCUUCUAGGAUGGCUUUGAGCUCGUGGUCCACGUGGUCAGAGUGGGCACCCUGCAGCGCGGGCUGUGAGCAGACUGGAGUGCAGACACGGAGCCGCGCUUGCUCCACAGCACAGCUGCCAGACUGGCGGCAGCACUGCCCCGGCCCCCUGCAGGAGGGGCGGAUGUGCCAAGGCCAACCCUGCACAGUGACUCCCUCAACAGAGUUGAGACUGCAUAGUCUUCCAGCGAAGAGCGAUGGGCAACAGCAGACUGCUGGUUGUGAGCUAAGGUGUGCCAUGGGCCGUGUGAAUGCAGCGUGCACCCAGUGCAUGUGUGAGGAUCAUUCCCUCUAUGGUUCAGUGCGACUCCAUGAUGGGGCUCCUGCCUCCGAGGCAACUGUUCACCUGAGGGGAAGCUCCAACAAAGCCUUGACCGUCUGUGACAAUAACGGCAAGUUCAGGAUACCUGGCCUCUGUCCUGAUGGAAAAACUGCCUUGGAGAUCAGAAAGCCUUAUUAUGGAAUUGCUGUUGUCACACUGUUCCAAAGCACCAGCAGAGUCUCCACCAUCGACAUAAAGCUCAAGAGAUCCGAGAAGCCUUUCAUCAAGAAACAACCCCAGAGCAAGGUCAGGCGCGAGGGGCAAGAUGUCACCUUCUGCUGCCAGGUUGUGUGCAAUCCUCCCGCUAACAAGUACCUUUGGUACCACAACGGUUCUUUGUUGGAUGCAAGGACAGCAGGAUCUGGCAGCGUGCUGGUGUUACACCAGUUGCAGCCACAGCAGGCUGGGCAAUACAUGUGUCAUGCCAGCAACACGCUGGGCUCCAUCAAAUCCAAGCCCGCCACACUCACUGUAACAGUGCGGUCCGCUCCUUCGUGUAACCCGACUCCUCAGAGCUACUUGAUACGACUUCCUCCUGACUGUUAUCAAAACCUGAGCCAGUCUUUUUACUACGAUGUGGGUAAAUGUCCAGUAACUGCAUGCGCCAGCGCUCAAGAACCAGAGGGGCAGUGCAGAGAUGCAACAACCUAUUGCUGUGGAGCUGUGAAACUAGAAGACAGGGUGAUUUCCUGCUCCAUGUACACACUUCCCAUUCGAGUGGUGAAUAAAUGUGGAUGCCAGAGAUGCAUCGAUAGCAAAGCAAUUGUCCGUGGCCGUGCAGUGGCUGCCGACGAUGGGGAACCCAUGCGAUUUGGACAGAUUUUUAUGGGUGGAAAAAAAAUCAGCAUGACUGGGUACAAAGGCACCUUCUCAAUUAUGGUUCCUGCAGACAUUGACAGGUUAGUCCUCACUUUUGUGGAUCGCUAUCAGAAGUUUGUUAAUACCACAAAGGUACUUCCCUUUAACAGAAAAGGAGGUUCUGUGUUCCACGAGGUUAAACUUCUCAGGAAAAAGCCAGAGAUAAUGUUGGAUUGUUCCAUCAGCAACACCAUCAGCCUCGGGUCAAAGGAAAACCAAGACCCAGUAGCUGAACUGGAGAUCCCACCCAACUCUUUCUACAGGGAGAAUGGGGAAAUAUACAGAGGGUUGGUGAAAGCCAGUGUCACCUUCCUGGAUCCAAGGGAUAUCUCACUGGCCUCAGCAGUACAAAGUGAUCUCAACUUCAUUAACGAAGAAGGUGAUGUUCUACCUUUGAGGACAUACGGCAUGUUUUCUCUGGAUUUUAGAGAUGAAGUCGCAAACGAGAGACUCAAUGCAGGACAGGUGAAGCUAUUUUUGGACACUGCCCAAGUCAAUAUACCAGAACACUUGGAGCAAAUGAAGCUGUGGUCACUCAAUCCUGAAACUGGCUUCUGGGAAGAAGAAGGUUCCUUCACUUUUGUUCGAAGUCGUCGAGGUAAACGUGAAGAGCGAACCUUCCUGGUGGGCAACAUGGAGAUUCGGGAGAGAAGGCUAUUUAACCUGGAUGUCCCAGAAAGCAGAAGGUGCUAUGUGAAAGUUCGAUCCUUUCGAGGUGAUCGAUUUACAUCGGGAGAUCAGUUAGAGGGAGUGGUUGUAUCUCUCAUUAACCUGGAGCCCACGCCAGGAUUUGCCUCCAACCCCCGGGCGUGGGGCCGCUUUGAUAGCGUGGUUACUGGUGCCCAUGGGGCUUGUGUGCCCGCUUUCUGUGACGACCAACAACCGCACGCUUAUUCUGCUUAUGUGACGGCGACUCUUGGAGGAGAGGAGCUGGAGGCGGUGGCUUCCUCCCCCACUGUGAAUUCCAACACAGUCGGUGUUAAAGAACCCUUUCUGCACAAGCUCCAGUACAGGAGGUCAGAUCAUGAGGAUCCCAGAGAUAAAAAGACAGCUUUCAGGAUAAAUGUGGCCAAGCCCAAUGCCAACUUACCAGCGGAAAUAAAUGGUCCCAUUUAUCCAUAUGAGAAAUUAAGAGAGUGUGAAACGGCUCCUUUUAGUGCUGGCCAUUUCCGAUUUUACAGAGUAGAGGGGGACAGAUACGACUACAACACCGUGGCUUUCAAUGAAAAUGACCCAAUGAGUUGGACAGAAGACUACCUCGCGUGGUGGCCACGGCCAAUGGAAUUCCGGGCUUGUUAUGUAAAGUUGAAGCUGAGUGGAAGGCAUGAAAUUACAGUGAGAUCUCGAAACAUGGGAGGAACUCACCCUCGGACAGUGGGUCAGAUGUACGGGCUCCGGGAUGUGCGGAGUACCCGUGAUAUGACCCAGCCUGGCGUUUCUGCUGUUUGUCUGGAGUUCAAAUGCAGUGGCAUGCUCUACGACCAAGAGAGGGUCGACCGCACACUGGUGAAGAUCAUCCCUCAAGGUCACUGCCGCAUGGAAAAUAUAAACAGCAUGUUACGGGAAUACCUGGUCAACCACCUGCCUCUCGCUGUCAACAAUGACACCAGUGAGUUUACCAUGUUGGCUCCACUUGACCCUCUUGGCCACAAUUAUGGCAUCUAUACGGUGACUGACCAGGAUCCAGUCAUAGCCAAAGAGAUGGCACUGGGGAGAUGUUUUGAUGGAAGUUCAGACAGUGUCUCGAGAGUCAUGAAGUCUAAUGUAGGCGUGGCAUUGACCUUCAAUUGUGAGGACAAGCCGGUGGGUCACCAGAAUGUCUUCCAGACCCUGCAGAACUUCCCAGGACAGCAGCCUGUAUAUAAUCAGAGGAUGGGGAGAGGUAAGCGAGGCCGGGGAAAGGGCGUUAAACUGCGAGGACUUCGCCUGAACAAAAAACUGAGGAAACAGAGGGAGGUACCUAGAAGGAAGGCAUUACGGCCUGUUGUUUAGUGACAUGGUCAAAGCUGCACUUUGCUCCAAACUGCAUCGUUUUACAGGGUCAAGCCUUCCUUAAGGAAAUUAGUUCCAAAUAUUCUAUGAACUGUGAUAUCAAUUCCCUAUUCUAUUUAUUUCUGAUACUGUUUCAUAACAGUGGUUUCCAGUUUGCACCAGGUACCAUGCAUUCAAGCAAUUCUGUGUUGGAAAUGGCAUUCAGCAGCUUUCUCUAAGUGCCAGCUUGAUCUUGCUACAACCUUCGAUAAAUUGGAUAGGUAUAUGGACGGGAAAGGAAUGGAGGGUUAUGGUCUGAAUGCAGGUAGAUGGGACUAGGUGAGAAUAAGUGUUCGG